AAAGAAAAAAACUUGUUGAAACUUGCCAUGACUCAUCCAAGCCAUCACUUAAACUUUGGAAUGAAUCCUGAUCAUGCUAGAAAUUCCUUAUCCAACUGUGGGAUUCGACAGCCAAAGUACGGAGAUAGAAAAGUUCACCAUAUGCACAUGAGAAAAAAAGGGAUAAAUACCCUGAUAAAUAUUAUGUCCCGUUUGGGACAGGAUGAUCCAGCUCCUUCCAGGAUUAACCACAACGAGCGUUUAGAAUUUCUGGGAGACGCUGUGGUGGAGUUCUUAACGAGUGUCCACUUGUACUACCUGUUUCCCAGUUUGGAGGAAGGAGGCUUAGCUACAUACCGCACUGCCAUUGUACAGAACCAACACCUGGCCAUGUUGGCCAAGAAGCUGGAACUAGAUCGAUUUAUGCUUUAUGCUCACGGUCCAGACCUUUGCAGGGAAUCGGAUCUCCGCCAUGCCAUGGCCAACUGCUUUGAAGCCUUAAUAGGAGCUGUUUAUCUAGAGGGGAGCCUAGAAGAAGCAAAGCAAUUAUUUGGACGUUUACUCUUCAAUGACGAGGACCUGCGGGAUGUAUGGCUUAAUUAUCCACUACACCCACUCCAACUGCAGGAGUCCAACACUGACAGGCAACUCAUUGAGACCUCUCCGGUUCUGCAGAAGCUUACAGAGUUUGAGGAGGCAAUUGGAGUCAUCUUUACUCAUGUUCGGCUUCUAGCACGUGCGUUCACUCUGAGGACAGUAGGCUUUAACCAUCUGACUCUAGGCCACAACCAGAGGAUGGAAUUCCUGGGUGACUCUAUAAUGCAGUUGGUAGCCACAGAGUAUUUAUUCAUACAUUUCCCCGAUCAUCAUGAAGGGCACUUAACGGUGAGAAUGCCAUCAAUCAUGCUCUCCAGGAGAGCAAAAGUGGGAUGGAGACUGAAAUUAUGGGAGCAGCUUGUGAAUUGUUCUGGAUUUGAUUAA